AUGCGCAUCUCAUAUAUCUCCCUGGCGAUGUUCGCCAUUGGUGCUAUCGCCGCACCCGCCGCUCCCAAGCCUAGCAACAGCGACUUUGGAGACACCGAUACCGGAUUCCCUUUCACCCCAAUCGGCUCCAGCGCUGACGACACCGAGGAUGGAUUUGGGCACUCCUUUUCCUCCGCCCUCGAGGCAAUGAAAAAGUCCGCUCAGCUCGCAGCGCCCUCUCUCACUUCGGUGUCCCAGUCCAGCGUUCAGACACCUAAGCCUACUUCCGCCCAUGUCGCCUCGGAGGCCCCUGUGGCUUCCACUUCUGCCUCUGCCUCUACCACCGCCGCUCCCACUCCCUCUGAGAACGCAUCUGCUUCUAGUUCUUCUAGCGCAGCUCCCGUUCCUACCGCAGCUCCUGUUCCUACCGCAGCUAAAGCCGCUGCUCCCCUUGCCGACCUUGUCAAGGGUCUUCCCAUUAUUGGAGGUCUUGUUGCCGCUCCAAUGGCUGGUCUCGGUCUCCAUCGCUAA